ACAAAAUUAUCUUGUAAUACCCCUACCCCCAAUACAGCACCACAGUUUGUUUAUGAUUCCAACUGGUGGUCAAUACACUAGAAUUUUUCAAAGUAAUUAAGAAAUUGAAAUUUAAGCCUGUAGAAAGUACUCAUUAUUUAAAAAUCAUUGUCUCAAUUAUUUUAUCAUUACCUUUCACGGUUUUUCAUGCACAAUUUUUAUAUAUUUCCAGAAUUUUCCACUUAGUCGUUUUUACUUGACGAGUACAGUGGAUUUAGGGGAGUCUAAUGGUCCCCUAGCCACCCCGGCUGAGGACAUCCAGUCUUCUAGUACCAGCCCCUUUGCGGGUAUCACACGCAACGCCUUGUAAAAACAUGUCGACGCGGACGGCUGCAAUCGCGUGGCUCUACUUGGUACUUUUAUCGGGUGGAAAAGUUUAUUAUACUACUGGUGAUGAUUUUACCGAAACUGUUACUCUAUCAGGUGGGAAAUUUCGUAUGGGUAGUUCAUCUGCUGAUCCGAAACGUGGAGAACUAGCAGCCAAGAAUGUUGGGGUUAAACCAUUUGUGAUUGAUAAGUAUCCAGUAACAAACGAAAAUUUUCGGAAGUUUAUCCGCGCCAAGAAAUUCAAGACGGAAGCAGAGAGGUUUGGGUGGAGUUUCGUGUUUCGUACUUUUGUACCAGAAAAAGUCCGAUCGAAGAUCACACAGUCUGUCCCGGGAGCUCCAUGGUGGUUACCAGUGCAGCAGGCAUACUGGAGACAGCCAGGAGGUCCAGGUACCUCAAUUAAAGAGAAAUUAUCACAUCCAGCUGUUCACAUUAGCUAUAAUGAUGCUAAGGCAUAUUGUGAGUGGAUGGGCAAGCGGCUGCCUACAGAGGCUGAGUGGGAAUUUGCUGCAAGAGGAGGCCUAAAAGAGAAAGAGUAUCCAUGGGGAUCAACCUUUGAAGAAGACCGCAUGAACAUCUGGCAGGGAGAAUUUCCUGAUAAAAACACACAGGAGGAUGGUCACAUUGGUGUGGGUCCUGUAGAUGCCUUUCCUGUGCAGAACAAAUUUGGAAUGUAUGAUAUGUUGGGUAAUGCCUGGGAGUGGGUGUCUGACAGAUUUGAAGAUAAAGGACAAGAGAUCAAAUACGUAUUGAGGGGAGGAUCAUACAUAGAUACUGCUGAUGGUAAAAACAAUCACAAAGUCACUGUCACUACAAGGAUGGGUAACACAGCAGAUGCUGGCUCUGACAACAUCAUGUUUCGAUGUGCUAGGAGAGCUUCCAAGGAUGAACUGUAACAACAAGUUUGGGCUUUCAUCAGUCAAAAUCAUCAUGAAUAGAUAUGUUGUUAUUAUAUGAAAGUUAUAAAUUUAUAAUUUAAGUAAUAACUAAAUUAUUGAUUGAAGCAGAAUUGAUCUUUACAAAAAACCAGAGACACAGCCUCUAUUAUGCUUUGUCGACCAUUCUGGAUAUGGUAAACAUGGUAAUGUCAAUAACUAUGUCCAUUUUGUAUUUGUCAGAGUUGCCAUAAUCAAUUCAUCAUAAAGUGGCCAUGGUGAGGAAUUUCAGGAAAAAAAACAUAGCUAGACUAUGACAACCAUUAUGGUUGCUCCUUUAUUCCUCUACACUUUCCUCUCUGUGAAUGUUGUAGACACAAUACUAUGUUUACUAAAUGACUCCUUACAAUUCAAUGACAACAGAUAAGGUAUACAUUAUUAAAUUGUUACCUUGUACAACAGUCACCAUUAAAAAUGAGAGUACUCACUGAAUUUUAAACUGAAUGUAAGUUGUACUAAUGGUGAAGAGAAGUAAUGUCCAUGGUGUUUUGAAAAACAAGAACAGAAAUAAGCAAAGUCUUUUCAACCAAUUACUCACUUAUUAUUUUGAAAUUAAAUUUGAAUGAGAACAGGCUCUUAAGUGACAUUAUUUACUGUCCAUAAACACCAAAAGAUGACCACAAAUUAUAAAAUGUUCUUUAGUAUUUGAACAGACAUCAAAGUCAUAGCUUACACACUAAACAACUCAGAUAUAUCCUACAACAGGCCACUAAUUUGCUUUUAUUAGUAAAACAAUUCAAAAUUAUAACAUAACCAAAGUAAAGCGCACGCUCUGAUUGAUCAAUUUAGCGUCCCCCAUUUGCC